AGAGCUGCACAAGGUCAAUAAAAGUACACAGAAGACCGAAAUUCCAGCUGAUUUCAGAAGUUAACCUCUUUGCUAUUGCAAAAGACUCCAAAGUUCUCAUAUGGCUACAGCAAAUGUCACUCUUUGCUCCACUUCUACGGUGUGGCUCCUUUAAGCAACAAGAGAAAAGCAAAAGGAGGAACUAGAGAAAAGAAAGCGAAACUGGACUCUGGCAAAUCUGUCCGCUGAGAUGGCGGAGGGUUUUCAGCAAGCUCUGACUUGUUCCGUCUGCCUCGAUGUGUUUACUGAGCCUGUGUUGCUUAGAUGCGGGCACUGCUUCUGCCAGAAAUGCAUCACCGCCUCCUGGGACAGCCAAGGGGGAGCUCCUAGCUGCCCUGACUGCCGGGCCCCCUGUCCUGACAGGCAUUUCACACCCAACCACUUGCUGAGAAACUUGGCCCAAAAGGCAAGAGAGGCCCAGGAAGACGGAGAAAGUGCUGAGCAGGGGUUGCUCUGCGCACAACACGAUUGCACUUUGCAGCUCUUCUGCAUCACCGAUGAGGACCCCGUUUGUUUUUGCUGUGUGAAUUCGCCUGCCCAUGCCGGGCACAAGUUCAGCUCCUUGAAAGACUCUGCUGAGCACUACAAGCGGAAGCUGGACAAAGUUCUAGGUGGCCUGGAAACCAGAAUUAAACAACAAGAGCAGCAAGAAGGACGUCAAGAAGAAAACAUACGUUCCUUGAGAAACUCAGCUGAUUCCUUUCGCAAGACAAUUGAGGACGAGUUCACUUUGCUGCAGCGAUUCCUGAGCCAGAGGAAAGAUGCAGUACUGGCCCAGCUAGAUGAGGAUGAAAACGAUGGACGCCUGAACAUGAUGGCACAUCUCUGGGAGAUCCGGGAGGGCCUGUCUGCAGACAGAGAGAUGAUGAGCCAGGGAAAGGCCAAAAUGGAACAGACGGAUUCAGCUGCCUUCCUCCUGGGUGUCCAGAAGCUCCUAAAUAAGCUCCCUGCUGAAAAGGAGGCUGAGGGCGUAGGAAACCAGGUUGACUGUCCUGUUGUCCGCAGGGAACUUUGCCUGGGCAAGUUCAAGGGUCCACUGCAAUACCUAGCAUGGAGUAAGAUGAGAUCCAUCGUCAGAACAGGAGUAGAUCCAAUCACCUUGGACUGCACCACUGCUCCUCCUGAAUACACUUUCUUAUUACAAAACUAUCGUACGGUGUUUGGACUGCUUAAGAAACCCUCGAACUACCCAGAGAUAUUUCAGGACUCUCCUGUUGUGCUGGGGAAAGAGGGGUUCCAUUCAGGAAGACACUACUGGGAGGUUGAGGUCCAAAAUAAGGGAGACUGGUUGAUUGGCGUAGCCUUGGAGUCCAUCCCGAAGCAAAAAGGCAAGGAUCCCACUUCUCUGACGGACAAGAUGUGGUGUCUGGAGCCAACAGAGGAGGAUAGCGAGCCUCAAAAUGGAUCGUCCUGGUGGAAGGUCGGCGUGUACCUGGACUACAAGGGAGGCCAAGUUUCUUUCUAUGAUGUAGCAGCCGGGUCUCACCUCUGCACACACACGGCCCGUUUCAGCGAAAAAGUCUACCCUUUCUUCCAACCUACACCAGCUGCUUUCAGGCAAAAACGCACCAUAAGCUUGAAAACCUGCCACAGUUAGGACAUUGAAGCAACUCUUAAGAGGGUAUUAUUAUAAAAAAGGAAAGGUAGGUGUUCAACCAUUAGAUAAAAGUCCAAAAUCCAUACUAAGGCAGUGCUUUUAUUAGGCCAGCUGAGAUGCAAACUCCAUGACUUCAUCAUCAGCCAACUUCCCUUCCACCUUGCCUUAUUUGCUGUCAAACCUGAUGAAGAGCUCUGGGUAACUUGAAGGCUUGCGCACUAUUUCGUGACAUUUUAGUUGACCUAUAAAAGCCAUUGCCCUAAUGUGGAUUUUGGAACGAUGUUCUUAAGUGCACCACAAUUCUCCAAGCAAUGAGAGGUGUGUGCCCCUGGGAAAGAGAUCGUUGGUGAAUUCAGGCCUUUUGUGAUAUAUACAGUGGUACCUUGGUUCCUGUAAGGGGAACCCUGACAGUUCCCAAACUUAAUCCGUUCUGGAAGUCUGUUCCAAAACCAAAGUGUCCUAAAAACCAAGGCGCACUUUCCCAUAGAAAGUAAUGCAAAAUGGAUUAAUCCUUUCCAGUCUUUUAAAAACAACCCCUAAAACAGCAAUUCAACAUGAAUUUUACUAUCUAAUGAGACCAUCGAUCCACAAAAUGAAAGCAAUAAUCAAUGUACUGUACUAUAAAAUAAAUAAGACAGUAUUGUAGGUGAUAAAAAAAUUAAAUCAAUUUUUUUCUUAGGUGCACGGAUGAUAGUCAUUGUUUGGAUGGGGGGGGGGGCUUUUAUCCAUUUCUGCAGUCACACAAUCAAUCAAUCAAUCAAUCAAUCAGUAGCUGAACUGGGUUCCACACAGUCACAAAAACAAAGUCACAAGCCACAGUCACAAAAAUGAAGUAACAAGCCAAAGUCACAAGCCACAGUCACAAGUCAGUCCCAUAAAAUGAAGAAGUCACAGUCAAAAAAAAUGAAAAAGCCACACAAACAAAAAAGCAAAAGCUCCAAAUAUCACCUCUGUGUUGCAUUGGUGCUCAGGACUCAACAGCCGACAGACUCAACAGGAAGCCUCUGAUUAGCAGCGGGGGACUCAAUUUACAAAUCGAACACACUCCUGCUAUUAAGGCAAUCGAUUAUUAUCCCUUCCUUCCUGCAGGUGAGGAGCUGUAACUUGCUUCAUUCACCCAGUAAAUUCAUGACACGGGAACUUUCAGCUUCUCAGCUCAAUUUCUUAAUUGGGCAUAAUGUAAGAGCUCUACUAGAUUAGCAAUCUGAUAGAUCACUUAAAAAAAAUCAAGUAGUGGGCAGGAGAUAUGUAUGUGUGCAACGUAGGCUGGAAUCCUGGAGGAAGGCAGAUGAGGCCACCUGUCAUUUGCACUGAAAUAAAAAGUUUCCAUUGGGUGUGAUGGGGAGCUCUAGCUUUUCUUUCAGGGCAAGAAGCAGCAGGCAUGUAGGCCCCGAUCCAGAAUGAAGCAAAGGAGUAAAAAGCCCUUCUAAGUCUCACAACCACCAGGGAUCGGUGAUCUGGGUUAGGGCCUGCUAUUUACUUUUUUAAAAAAGCCAUUCAUAUCAUUGGUAACUGUUUCAAGCAGGCGAAGGCAACACAGCAUAUUUGCCGGACUACAACUCCCAUCAUCCCUGACCCUGCUAGCUAGCUGGGGUUGAUGGGAGUUGGGAGUCCAACCAUCUCUGGAGGGCAUGACAAGGACAAAACUAGUUCUUGUAUGGUCUUGCCCUUUAGGCAUAGCUGCCAAGUCUCCCGUAUUCCCCGGGAAACCCCCGUUUUUCCAGCUGUUCCCAGCUGAAAAAACAGAUUUUUUUGUUUCCCCCCGGUUUACUUACCGGCCGGGGGAGGCUCCUUCUGCGCAUGUCUGGAGUCUCUGGACAUGCGCAGAAACGUUUUCUGGCGCGGCGGCCAUUUUGGAACUGGGCGGAGCAUGCUCAG